AGAACUCCCUCUCAGCUGACUGGGACCAUCAAGCUCCAACCAGUGCAGGGAGAGAGCAGAGGAGAGGAGAGCAGCUGCUGGAAUCCAGAAAACCAGUCUAGAGUUUCAGUUUUUUUUKUKUUUKWGUUUUCUUUYGGAGCCAUUAAUGUGUCAGCCAGGRGCCACUGUGUGUCUCAUGAGWCCGUGGUCCAGAGGUGACCUCAGGGAUCGAAGCUUUGACCCCGUGUUUUCACAGAACUCUGGAUCUGUACUGACAUCAUUAUGACUCUGCUGGGCUCCCAACACUCCGGACUGAUACGAAGCAAGUUUAGAUCAGUGCUACAGUUAAGACUUCAGCAGAGGAGGACUCGAGAGCAGCUGGCAGACCAGGUCAUCAUGCCUCGGAGGAGCAMGCAGAGACUCAACCGAUCAAAGUAAGGAAGAACAGGAGUCUGGGACCACCAGCAGUCAGGUGACUCCCCCAGUAGCACUUCCUGCUAUAGUMAAGUCCAAGACAACAGACAAGAACCGACACAAGAAGCCCAAAGAUGUGAAGCCAAAAGUGAAGAAGCUCAAAUACCACCAGUACAUUCCUCCAGACCAGAAGGCAGAGAAGUCCCCUCCGCCCAUGGACUCUGCCUACGCUCGACUCCUUCAGCAGCAGCAGCUCUUCCUGCAGCUGCAGAUCCUGAGUCAGCAGAAACAUGCUCACACACAUCCUCAAACACAUACCCUGCAGACCCAAACCCAGCAGAGACAGCCCACCUUCAGCUACCAACCCCACCCGGCUGCCAACAACCAGAAAGGCGUUAAUGUCCAGGCAUCACCUUGUAAUUCCAGCGGUUCAUCCAGCACGGCCAACAGUAACUCRUCAUCUCCGGUCAAAAAUACAUUUCCCAACCAAACCAAUGUAUCUUCUGCCAAAGCCUGGCCACUUCCUGCUAAUCUGGAUGAUCUCAAAGUAUCAGAACUCAGGCAGCACCUGCGUAUUCGGGGCAUGCCUGUCUCAGGCACCAAGACAGCCCUGAUUGAGCGUCUCAGGCCCUUCAAGGACUCCACUGCAGACUCCUCCCCUCCAGGWUCAUCUGACAUCACCACCCUGACCUUUCCUGUCACGCCCACAAGUUCCCUUACUACCUACCAGUCACCGUCCUCUUCCAGCACCCUGUCACAGGGGGGAUACUACCCUUACCCAAGUACUUCCUCCUCACCUCCAAUCUCUCCAGCCUCUUCCGAGCUGUCUCUCAGUGGAUCCCUCCCUGACAGCUUCAGUGACGUGCCCAUGUCUUCACCAAACCAGCUCAAUUUACAGCCAUCUCCGGCACAAUUAGGUGUUGAGGAUGGAGGAAACCCAGGGAUGGGAGAGGAAAGGGGUCCUGAGGGUCUGGAAGCUGAGAAAGACAAGAUGCUGGUAGAGAAGCAAAAGGUGAUUGAAGAGCUGACGUGGAAGCUGCACCAGGAGCAGAGACAGGUUGAAGAGCUAAAGAUGCAGCUUCACAAGAGGAAACGCUGCUAUGGAGCCUCCCAGGACACCUCCUCUCCUCCGGCUCAUCUAUCUCUGCUCCACCUGCAGCAGAACAUAAUGGGUCAGCAGUUUUCUGGAGUGACCAUCAAGCAGGAGCCUAUGUCCAUGUCCUCCAGUUGUCCACUGUCCUCUCCUAAACAGCUCAAGAGCCCUUCUGUCAGCUGCAUGGAGGAAAUCGGACAUUGCAACAACCCCAUCACAAAUAUGGGGGGUCCUAGCUCUGGUGGGCAGUGCAUGGACACAGGUCCGUCCUCAGGCAGCCCRUCCACCAUGCCAGCUUUUCUCAGUCCACAGUGCUCCCCACAGGAUUCUCCCAUUGGAAGAACUUCCAACUCCCAGCCAUCAUCUCCUAACAACCCCUACUUGCUGUCUCCCCCACUGGGCAGAGACACCUGUGGUCACCCACAGGGAAACAACAGAGCACACAACAUGCAGAUGCAGCAGAGAGGCAGCAGCCAGCAGCUGAACUGUUCUUAUUCUUCUGACCAAAGAAGCCGUCAGCCAGUGUUUCCAGGCUCGGCUGAUUGUGGCCUGAACCACAACGGCUCUGCAAAGGCUGAAAACCAGAACGUGCAACCAAAGAUGUCAGUAUUGCCGUCUUCCCGGCAUGUUGGCCAAAAGUGCCAGGUCUCUCCCCCCGCCUUCAGUAGCUCAGAGUCACAUGCAUCUGACUUAAGACAGCCCCCAUGCUAUGAGGAUGCAGUCAAGCAGCAACUGAGCCGCAGUCAGCAGAUGGACGAACUGUUGGAUGUGCUUAUAGAGAGUGGAGAGAUGCCAGCUAACGCCAGAGAAGACAAGGACAGGUCUUCUGUAACCAAAGUUACUGUGUCCCUAGGGUGUCCUGGCCUCCUUGUUCCGAGGUUCCACUGGCACUUCGAGCAUCUGGGGCCCAAUCAGCUCCCGUAUGAUUACACAGCCAAUCACAUCACUGAGAGCCACCUGCAGACUCUCCUGGGCUGUCCUGCGGGGCGAGGUGGGGACACGGCCUCCUCCAAAAUGUCUGCUGAGGAUGGGCUCCAGGAAGAUGAGGGAAACCGAGACGCCGAGGAGUACGGCAGCCACCACAACCAACACUGCCUUCUUCACCACCCCCAACAGGACAAAGUUCUGACCAACAGAGACCUAAUGGAUGCCCCCCUGUCUCCGAUGAGCAGCAAGGCAGCGGCGGUCACUGAAGUUCAGGGGAUGGUCAGCAUGAGCUUCAGUGAGACGCCGUGGGAAACCAUGGAGUGGCUGGACCUGACCCCGCCCACUUCUGCCACUGCCUACAGCGCCGCUCAGUCCAGUGUGCCAAGCAUUUUUAACUCGGAGUUCCUGGAUGUGACAGACAUGAACCUGAACUCUGCCAUGGACCUGCAACUGGAGCACUGGUGAAAGCCAUGUGGCUGCCACUGGGCCAGAACCGAGACUUAUCAUGGCUCAGUGUAAGAUGAAGAGUUUGCUGUGUUGUAAUACAGUGGAGUGUUAUAUUUUGUUCACAUUUAAAGGAUCAAAUCKUUAUGAACUUUUGUUGUCAGACCUAAGGUCCAGGUGCUUUUUCACCUGAUCUUUKUCCAUUUUGGACAAUGAAGCGCACAACAGCUUUUGAAGUUUGACAGUGAUUACAGAUUUUUAUAUUAUAGUCACGAUCACUUUGCUGUGUUUAAAGGACCAUCAGUGUGAGACCACCUGGACCUGAAGCCAAAAUCUGCCUGUCACUGUACGUCCACUCAGUCUGUAGGUUAGUGGACAAGAAAAWACACAUGUAGAUUAAGAUUUAAAAAAUCUUAAAGUGGAAUUAUAAGUAGACUUGGACUGUAAAUAUACAGUAUUAACRUGUGUACUGAUGGCAACUCUUCGUCUGAGAGAAUUUAAACCAAAAGUCACUUAUAUGUCACUUUGCACCUCUGGCUUCAUUCACAGCUGUCACAGUUUGAAAAGCUUUAAAAAUGUUUGUAGGAAUUGUUGCUGUGUCUUUUAAAGCUAUUUUUAAAGCAGAAUUAUUUUUUCUAUUUGUCGUAUUUAUCCACAUGAAAACUUUUUAUUGUUCUUUCUUUACAGAAAGCAACAUGAUUUCUAAAAUGUUGGUCUUAUCAGUUUCAUUCAAACUACAAAUUGUACCUUAUUUACAAAACGUUAAAUAGAUAUAUCAUUGUCCCAUUUACAAUUUUGUGUCAAACAUUUCCCACAAACUACUAAAUGUCUGUUUUAAAGGUCCAACAGAAACUCUAUUUUUAAAUUAAAUAUUUUACAUGUAUAUUUUUUUGUCCUCACAAGUUUCAACAUUUAUAUUUCCAUCCCAACCACAGUUAUUUAUACUGUGACUUUUGUAUUUAUACUUGAUUCUGUAUUUAAACUGACAUUCCUUUCCAUCUGAAUGUUAAAUCUUUGAAAUAUAAGGAAACCACUUUUUUAUGACUGUUUGACCACUUGCAUYCAAAUAAAUUUUCUUAAAAAUGUGA